GUUGCGUUUAUAUGUCAAUGCAUUUGACCAGCAGAGGGCGUUUGUCCCCUACUGCACGCCGUAGUUUGCAAUGUUUUGUCAUUCGUUCUAGCCUGUCACCUGAUGUAGAUAGUAGUACAGUACAUUUUGUCCAUAUUGACCUGAAGCUAGGUAGGUAGGAAAACUUCAAAUAAUGUCUUCCAACAGCGGUAUCCAAAUCCCAAGUCGACUGCCUCUGCUGUUGACCCAUGAAGGGGUGCUUUUACCGGGUUCGACGAUGCGGAUCAGUGUUGAAACGGCGAGGAACAUGCAUCUGGUGAAGAACAGACUGCUGAAGGGGACCUCGCUGAAGAGCACCAUCAUCGGGGUGAUCCCCAACACCCGAGAUCCAGAACACGAUACUGAAGAUCUCCCCCCUUUGCAUAGGUAGGUAACUGUAGUUAGCUAAUUCUGCUUUUUUACAUGCCAUCUCAAACAGUCUUUGUGCAGACCUAACAGUUACCUGUUGUAGUCAAGUGGUAGUAUAGCUAUGACGUAACUAAGUUAGCUAGCUGUACAACAACCACUGUCAGUUAAAUGUCACAUUGAGAAAAGCUAGCUAGUGUACUUGAACUUCACUCAAUGGAAACUAUGCCAUGUCCUGCCUAUUAUAGCAGUGUGAUGUUAUUUGAAUGUUUCAAAAUGUUUACGAUGGUGGUGCUAUCAGUAAGGUAUGUUAUAUUAUUUCUUAUUAAGAAUACAUUUAUUUGAUUCUUGAAAAUAGGACUAACUUGGUAGCUAAAUCAUGCUUUACAUUUUUCACAUUGGAAUUUAAACUUUUUCCUAUGCUCUCUCCUGUAAGUUGUUCUAGAAAGGUCGUUUGAACUUCAGAUGGACUUUAACCUUGCAUUUAGCAGGAUACAACCGUGUUAGUUUACUGGUUACUAAGUAGCAAUAUGUGUCCCUCUAUGCUUUAAUAACUGCAACAACUGAAGUAGGACACCAAUGUUAAAUCAUGUUGAUAAUUCCCAAUUUUCUCUGGUACAACAUUCUUCAUAUAUCUUCCUCUUUUGGCUUUGACUGUCUGUACACUAGCUGUGUUGUAGAUGUUAUGGUCAGAGACCGCAACUCAAGUGGCACCCUAUUCCCUACAUGCAGUGAGGGGAAAAAAGUAUUUGAUCCCCUGCUGAUUUUGUAUGUUUGCCCACUGACAAAGAAAUGAUCAGUCUAUCAUUUUAAUGGUAGGUUUAUUUGAACAGUGAGAGACAGAAUAACAAUACAAAAAUCCAGAAUAACGCAUGUCCAAAAUGUUAUAAAGUGAUUUGCAUUUUAAUGAGGGAAAUAAGUAUUUGACCCCCUCUCAAUCAGAAAGAUUUCUGGCUCCCAGGUGUCUUUUAUACAGGUAACGAGCUGAGAUUAGGAGCACACUCUUAAAGGGAGUGCUCCUAAUCUCAGCUUGUUACCUGUAUAAAAGACACCUGUCCACAGAAGCAAUCAAUCAAUCAGAUUCCAAACUCUCUACCAUGGCCAAGACCAAAGAGCUCGAACAAGGAUGUCAGGGACAAGAUUGUAGACCUACACAAGGCUGGAAUGGGCUACAAGACCAUCGCCAAGCAGCUUGGUGAGAAGGUGACAACAGUUGGUGUGAUUAUUCGCAAAUGGAAGAAACACAAAAUAACUGUCAAUCUCCCUUGGCCUGGGGCUCCAUGCAAGAUCUCACCUCGUGGAGUUGCAAUGAUCAUGGUCCUCUGUAGCUCAGCUGGUAGAGCACGGCGCUUGUAACGCCAAGGUAGUGGGUUCGAUUCCCGGGACCACCCAUACACAAAAAAAAAUGUAUGCACGCACGACUGUAAGUCGCUUUGGAUAAAAGCGUCUGCUAAAUGGCAUAUUAUUAUUAUUAUUAUUAUUAUUAUUAUCAUGAGAACGGUGAGGAAUCAGCCCAGAACUACAUGGGAGGAUCUUGUCAAUGAUCUCAAGGCAGCUGGGACCAUAGUCACCAAGAAAACAAUUGGUAACACACUACGCCGUGAAGGACUGACAUCCUGCAGCGCCCGCAAGGUCCCCCUGCUCAAGAAAGCACAUAUACAGGCCCGUCUGAAGUUUGCCAAUGAACAUCUGAAUGAUUCAGAGGAGAACUGGGUGAAAGUGUUGUGGUCAGAUGAGACCAAAAUGGAGCUCUUUGGCAUCAACUCAACUCGCCGUGUUUGGAGGAGGAGGAAUGUUGCCUAUGACCCCAAGAACACCAUCCCCACCAUCAAACAUGGAGGUGGAAACAUUAUGCUUUGGGGGUGUUUUUCUGCUAAGGUGAUAGGACAACUUCACCGCAUCAAAGGGAUGAUGGACAGGGCCAUGUACCGUCAAAUCUUGGGUGAGAACCUCUUUCCCUCAGCCAGGGCAUUGAAAAUGGGUCGUGGAUGGGUAUUCCAGCAUGACAAUGACCCAAAACACAUGGCCAAGGCAACAAAGGAGUGGCUCAUGAAGAAGCACAUUAAGGUCCUGGAGUGGCCUAGCCAGUCUCCAGACCUUAAUCCCAUAGAAAAUCUGUGGAGUUAGCUGAAUGUUCAAGUUGCCAAACGUCAGCCUCGAAACCUUAAAUGACUUGGAGAAGAUCUGCAAAGAGGAGUGGGACAAAAUCCCUCCUGAGAUGUGUGCAAACCUGGUGGCCAACUACAAGAAACGUCUGACCUCUGUGAUUGCCAACAAGGGUUUUGCCACCAAGUACUAAGUUAUGUUUUGCAGAGGGGUCAAAUACUUAUUUCCCUCAUUAAAAUGCAAAUCAAUUUAUAACAUUUCUGACAUGCGUUUUUCUGGAUUUUCUUGUUGUUAUUCUGUCUCUCACUGUUCAAAUAAACCUACCAUUAAAAUUAUAGACUGAUCAUGUCUUUGUCAGUGGGCAAACGUUCAAAAUCAGCAGGGGAUCAAAUACUUUUUUCCCUCACUGUAGUGCACUAAUUUAAUUUUGACCAGAGCCCUAUGUGCCCUGGUCAACAGUAGUGCACUAUAGGAUGUCAUUUGGGAGGAACGAUUGUUUUUCCUCGCUUCAUUCCAUUCUGUAAUUAUCAGUAUUGGCACGGCGGGGCUGGCGGUGCAGGUAGUGGGCAGUAAUUGGCCCAAGCCCCACUACACGCUACUCAUCACAGGGCUGUGUCGCUUCCGUGUGGCCCAACUGCUGAAGGAGGGGCCCUUCCCCAUGGCUGAGGUAGAGCAGCUGGAUAAGCUGGAGCAGUACACCAGCCCCAAGGAGAUAUCUGAGGCAGCCGGGCCAGAGGGAGAGUUGGGGGAGCUGUCCCAGAGGUUCUACCAGGCCGCUGUGCAGGUGGGUGUGACAGCAGCAUCCCUGACUUUCACUAAUAGAAUCUACAGUAUAAGUGUGUCAUAUUAGAAUAAUAUACCAUUUAGCAGAUGAUUUUAUCCAAAGCCACUAAUAGUACAGUAACCGUGAAUGCAUGUAUUUUAGUAUGUGACCCCAGCGGGACUCGAACCCACAGUUCUGGUGUUGUUAGCACCACACUCUGAGCCACACAGGACCAGAAGCUAUGGCUUUAUGUUAUUUUAGCAUAGCAAAUGAGGAUUCCUUCAAUGUGGGUAAUAGGCUUGGCUACUCUUCUGUAACUGUACGGAAUAUUAUCCACCAAUGUAAUGUAUGUCAUGGUAUACAGUGCUAUGAAAAAGUAUUUGCCCCCUUUCUAAUUUUCUCUACUUUUGCAUAUUUGUGAUACUGAAUGUUAUCAGAUCUUCAACCAAAACCUAAUAUUAGAUAAAGGGAACAUAAGUGGACAAAUAACACAACAAUUACAUAUUUAUUUCAUAAACAAAGUUAUGCAACACCCAAUUCCCCUGUGUGAAAAAGUAAUUGCCCCCUUACACUCAAUAACUGGUUGUGCCACCUUUAGCUGCAAUGACUCCAACCAAAUGCUUCCUGUAGGAAUUGGAGGAAUUUUGGCCCACUCUUCCAUGCAGAGCUGCUUUAACUGAGUGACGUGUGGGUUUUCAAGCAUGAACUGCUUGUUUCAAAUCCUGCCACAACAUCUCAAUUGGGAUUAGGUCUGGACUUUGCCUAGGCCAUUCCAAAACUUCCAAUUUGUUGCUUUUUAGCUUCAUGUAGACUUGAUUGUGUGUUUUGGAUCAUUGUCUUGCUGCAUGACCCAGCUGCGCUUCAGCUUCAGCUCACAGACGGAUGGUCUGACAUUCUCCUGUAGAAUUCUCUGAUACAGAGCAGAAUUCAUGGUUCCUUCUAUUAAGGCAAGUCGUCCAGGUCCUGAGGCAGCAAAGCAUCCCCAAACCAUCACACCACCACCACCAUGCUUGACCUUUGGUAGGAUGUUCUUACUGUGGAAUGCAGAGUUUGGUUUUCGCCAGGUGGCACAACCAGUUAUUGAGAGUAAGGGGGCAAUUGCUUUUUCACACAGGGGAAUUGGGUGUUGCAUAACUUUGUUUAUGAACUAAAUAUGUAAUUGUUGUGUUAUUCACUUAUUCACUUAUGUUCCCUUUAUCUAAUACUAGGUUUUGAAGAUCUGAUAACAUUCAGUAUCACAAAUAUGCAAAAAUAGAGAAAAAAUACUUUUUCAUAGCACUGUAUGUUUACGUAGACAGAUUUACUGCCUGGUGUACACAGAGACUUUGAUCCCUUAUCUCUCCACCCCUGUCCAUGUUUCAUAUCUGUCCCCUGUGUACCGUUUCUUCACUGUUGUCUUUCCUCUCUAUGUGUCUGUGUUAGUUGGUAGGCAUGUUGGACAUGUCUGUUCCUGUGGUGGCCAAGCUGAGAAGGCUCUUGGACAGUCUCCCCAGAGAGACCCUGCCUGAUGUCCUGGUUUCUAUGAUUCGUACCUCCAACAAAGAGAAGCUCCAGGUAGAGCAAUGUGUUUAUGUGUCUGUGGGUGCUUGUUCAUUGAUGUACCAUGUGUAGUUUUUAGAAAUGUCAAUUAUUUUUGAUUGACUUCCCUGUAUAAGGGCAUGAAUGUAUCAGCUAUAUGCGUGUCUUUCUGCUUUGAUAUCACUGUAAGUGUAUAUGUAUGUGGACAUGCAGGUUCUGGAUGCAGUGAGUCUGGAGGAACGUUUUAAGAAGACUCUCCCCCUGCUGACCAGACAGAUUGAGGGUCUCAAACUGCUGCAGAAGACCAGAAAACCAAGACCAGACGAUGACAAAAGGGUAAAGGAGUCCGCAUACUUCAGUAAGGGUUUUUCCGGCUUUUCGGGCACACAAACUAUUUCUCGAAGGCCAGCCGAAGUUCGGGAGACAAAGUCUACGCCCCUUCGUCCGUGAUUGGUCAACUGUAUGGGAUUCUUUAAUAAAGUCUUUGUUGUCAUUCAACGAGAGACAACUCGUUUUCAUGCACAUUUUUUAAUUGAGAAAUACUGCACCAAACAUCUUAGUUAGACUAAGAUCUCCUCGGCAAAAACGUCAAAAUUAAAGAGAUUUCUUGAGUUAUCUUAGAUUAAUUCUGACUAGUUCGAGGAAGUGUAUACUGGCUACGGCAUCUCAAAAUGGACAAACAGUACUAUUGACACUUUUUUCUAGUUUUUCAAGCGAAAGUAUUUUACGGGACUAUGCGAGCACACUCAUUUGGCUAUUCGGCCAGCCGAACAGAAGCAUGCUGACGCUUGAAUGCUAAAGACUACUCAACUGUUAGCAUUUCUUCUAGGAAAAAGUGUCACACUUGUGGGCAUGCUAAAAGAUCAGAGGCAGUGCCUGCUUAGAAUUGAAAUGCAGAGAUUAUACAGUAUGUCUCAUGCUUGGCACUCUUCCCUCCCCUAUCUCUCAGGUGCUGGCUGUACGGAAAGGCGGUGUGCUUCCUGGUCGUCAGUUCUCCUUGGAUGAAGAGGGUGAUGAUGAGGAUGGUGAUGAUACUGCUGUCCUGGAGAGGAAGGUUAAAGGAGCGAACAUGCCAGAGCCUGCCUUGCGUGUGUGUCUCAAAGAGCUCAAAAGGUACCCACAGUUUGUUUACCUUCCAUUUCAAUGUAUUCAGACUUCCUGGUAUUGUGGGAACACUUGCAGUGUGUAUGUGUGUAUAUUUCCAUAGUAGUGGCAUUGACACAAGACACAAUGCCUUCAGAAAGUAUUCAUACCCCUUGACUUAUUCCACAUUUUGUUGUGUUACAGCCUGAAUACAAAAUGGAUUAAAUAGUUUUUUUUCUUCUCACCCAUCUACCCCACAAUACACCAUAAUGACAAAGUGAAAACAUGUUUUUAGAAAUUUUAGCAAAUUUUUAGAAAACAAAAUACAGAAAUAUCUAAUUUAAAUAAGUAUUCAACCCCCUGAAUCAAUACGUGUUAGAAUCACAUUUGACAGCAAUUACAGCUGUGAGUCUUUCUGGGUAAGUCUCUCUAAGAGCUUUGCACACCUGGAUUGUAAAAAAGUUGUAAUGUUAUGUACACUCAGUCAUCUUGGUAAGCAACUCCAGUGUAUAUUUGGCAUGUGUUUUAAGUUAUUGUCCUACUGAAAGGUGAAUUUGUCUCCCAGUGUCUGUUGGAAAGCAGACUGAACCAGUUUUUCCUCUAGGAUUUUGCCUGUGCUUAGCUGAAUUCGGUUUCUUUUUAUUCUAAAAAAACUGUGUUGUGUUGAAUUUGCCCCAAACAUAAUGCUUUGUAUUCAGGACAGUUCAUUUCUUUGCCACAUUUGUUGCAGUUGUACUUUAGUGCCUUAUUGCAAACAGGAUGCAUGUUUUGGAGUAUUUUUAUUCUGCACAGGCAUCCUUCUUUUUACUCUGUCAUUUAGGUUAGUAUUGUGGAGUAACUAGAAUGUUGUUGAUCCCAUCCUCAGUUUUCUCCUAUCACAGCCAUUAAACUCUGUAACUGUUUUAAAGUCACCAUUGGCCUCAUGGUGAAAUUCCUCUCCGGCAACUGAGUUAGGAAGGACACCUGUGUCUUUGUAGUGACUGGGUGUAUUGAUACACCAUCCAAAGCGUAAUUAAUAACUUCAACAUGCUCAAAGGGAUAUUCAAUGUCUACCAAUAGGUGCCCUUCUGGUCUUUGUGGUUGAAUCUGUUUUUGAAAUGUACUGCUUGACUGAGGGAGUUUACAGAUAAUUGUGUAUGUGGGCUACAGAGAUGAGGUAGUCAUUCAAAAAUCAUGUUAAACACUAUCAUUGCACACACUGAGUUCAUGCAACUUAUUAUGUGACUUGUUAAGCACAUAUUUACUCCUGAACUUAUUUAGGCUUGUCAUAACAAAAGGGGUUGAAUACUUAUUGACUCAAGACUUUUCAGCUUUUAAUUUUUUUAUUAAUUUGUAAACAUUUCUAAAAACAUAUUUCCACUUUGACAUUAUGGGGUAAUGUGUGUGUAGGCUAGUGACACAAUCUCAAUUUAAUCCAUUUUAAAUUCAGGCUGUAACACAACCAAAUCUAGAAAAAGUCAAGGGGUGUGAAUACUUUCUGAAGGCACUGUAUGAUAAUCUACACAGAUUGAAGAAGAUGCCCCAGUCUAUGCCAGAGUACGCUCUCACCCGAAACUACCUGGAUCUUAUGGUGGAAUUGCCCUGGAGCAAAAGUACCACAGGUAUGCACAGUACACCACCAUGACACCACUACAAUCUCAGGUUAAUUAAUUAAUUAAUUUACACUUCAUUAAUUAAAUGUAUAAAUGUAUAUAUCCAUACAUACAGAGCACACCAUAUGCACAUUAUACCUUGAAAAUCGGGACAAGGGGUAGUAAGCAAAGAGUACCAGGAGGGAGUCAUCACCACAGCUCUCUUUGGAACUCUUUCUCUAUUUAAAAUGGAACAAAAGGCUUCUACCACUGGAGGGAGCUCAAUAUCAUAUUUUGCCACUAGUUGCGUUGUCCUCUAUACUAAUCAGAACCAGCAGAGGGAGCCAGUCAUUAGACACAUGUCUGAGAGUAUUGAGGACAUUUGUUUAUAUGAUUCAGCAUUACGAGUCCAUACCAUACUUCUGCUUAGUCAUGUAGCUACAUAAAACAAAAUGUUUUAUUACAAUCUAGAUGAAUGGUUAUUAGAAUCACUUGGUUGACAUUAGAUGAGGUCUUUGAGAAUAUUCACGGUGUUGGAAUUAAACCCUGCUCCUCACGGUCUCUGCAGACUGUCUUGAUAUCCACGCUGCACGGGUGCUGUUGGACAACGACCACUAUGCCAUGGAGAAGCUGAAGAGGAGAGUGCUGGAGUACCUGGCUGUGAGGCAGCUGAAGAGCACCCUCAAGGGGCCCAUCCUGUGCUUCGUGGGGCCACCUGGGGUGGGCAAGACCAGUGUGGGGCGCUCCAUCGCCCGUACCCUGGGCAGGGAGUUCCACCGCAUCGCCCUCGGAGGGGUGUGUGACCAGUCUGACAUCCGCGGGCAUAGGUACACUGGAGAGGGCAGAGGAUGGAGGUGGGGAUGAAUGGGUGGGCAGGCAGGCAGCUGUGUCUGUAAAUUGUAUUCUGCACAGGAAAUGAAACCCCUAUAGACAUACAUUAUAUUCUGUCUUAAGAGAGUGGGGAGGGUAAGUCCACAUAUAUUAUAACAACGAAGGUACCGACAUUGUCUGGCCAGAAGUCAGAGUGCAGCACAUCUCAUGGUAAAAGUAGUUCAACAUGAGUUAGGCCUUUUCUGUAACUCACCAGUGGUCAUGGUUGAUAGGUGGAGACAGAUGUGGGUCAACAAUAGUAGAUAUAAAAGGUUCAGGUAGAAAAGUGCGGUCUGUACAGACAAUACAUAUACACUGAGUGUACAGAACAUUAGGAACAUCUUCCUCAUAUUGAGUUGCACCUCCCUUUUCCCUCAGAACAGCCUCAAUUCGUCGGGGCAUGGACUCUACAAGGUGUCGAAAGCAUUCCACAAGGAUGCUGGCCCAUGUUGACACAUGCUUCCCACAGUUGUGUCAAGUUGGCUGGAUGUCCUUUGGGUGGUGGACCAUUCUUGAUAAACACGGAAAACUGUUGAGCGUGAAAAACCCAGCAGCGUUGCAGUUCUUGACACGCUCAAACGGGUGCGCCUGGCACCUACUACCAUACCCCAUUUAAAGGCACUUAAAUCUUUUGUCUUUCCCAUUCAUCCUCUGAAUGGCACACAUACACAAUCCAUGUCUCAAUUGUCUUGAGGCUUAAAAAUCCUUCUUUAACCUGUCUCCUCCCCUUCAUCUACACUGAUUUAAGUGAAUUUAACAAGUGACAUCAAUGAGGGAUCAAAGCUUUCACCUGGAUUCACCUGGUCAGUCUGUCAUGGAACGAGCAUGUGUUCCUAAUGUUUUGUUCACUCGGUGUAUACAGCCCUUUGCAAUGUGAGUAAACAUGAGAGGGAAAACUAGGAGUGGAAGCAUGAUGUAAUCUUUCAUGUUGCUUUGUUCGCCUGUCACUAUGGAGACUCGGCGGGACAAUGACAUCUCAGCCUUCAGGUCCGGGCAGGUCCUUCCUGUGUCUCUGAGUUUAUCCAUAGCCCCCAGCCUCCAGUCUCAUGCAUCAAUUGUGACACCACACCAAACAACCCACCACUGCAGUUUAGGAAGCUGCCUGUUGUGUGUUUUGAUGUGGUUUCAAGUGUAGAUAGCGCGUGUGUUUACCCUAAUAAGUGUGGGGCCGGGAUGUGAGUUAGGUUCAUGCUGGUUCAGUCUUACCUAGUGUUUGUGUGCUGUAGUGUUAGUGUAAAUCAAAUUUUAUUUGUCACAUAUGGCGAAUACAACAGGUGUAGACCGUGAAAUCCUUACUUACGAGCCCUUUCCCAACAAUGCAGAGUUAAAAAGUAAGAAAAUGUGCAAAUAAAAAUAGAAAAUAGUAACACAAUAAAUAAAAAUAACGAGUACCGGUGCAGAGUCAAUGUGCUGAAGCGCGUAGUGUGUAAAAAUCGUCUGUCCUCGGUUGCAACAUUCACUACCGAGUUACAAACUGCCUCUGGAAGCAACGUCAGCACAAUAACUGUUCGUCAGGAGCUUCAUGGCCGAGCAGCCACACACAAGCCUAACAUCACCAUGCGCAAUGCCAAGUGUCGGCUGGGGUGGUGUAAAGCUCGCCGCCAUUGGACUCUGGAGCAGUGGAAACGCGUUCUCUGGAGUGAUGAAUCACGCUUCACUAACUGGCAGUCCGACGGACGAAUCUGGGUUUGGCGGAUGCUAGGAGAAUGCUACCUGCCCCAAUGCAUAGUGCCAACUGUAAAGUUUGGUGGAGGAGGAAUAAUGGUCCGGGGCUGUUUUUCAUGGUUCGGGCUAGGCCCCUUAGUUCCAGUGAAGGGAAAUCUUAACGCUACAGCAUACAAUGACAUUACAUUUACAUUUUAGUCAUUUAGCAGACGCUCUUAUCCAGAGCGACUUACAGUUAGUGAGUGCAUUUUUUUUUUCUUCAUACUGGCCCCCCGUGGGAAUCGAACCCACAACCCUGGCUUUGCAAGCGCCAUGCUCUACCAACUGAGCUACACAGGGCCUUGGCGAGUCUGUGCAUCCAACUUUGUGGCAACAGUUUGGGGAAGGCCCUUUACUGUUUCAGCAUAACAAUGCCCCCGUGCACAAAGCGAGGUCCGUACAGAAAUGGUUUGUCGAGAUCUGUGUGGAAGAACUUGACUGACCUACACAGAGCCACUACCUCAACCCCAUCGAACACCUUUGGGAUGAAUUGAAACGCCGACUGCGAGCCAGGCCUAAUCGCCCAACAUCAGUGCCCGACCUCACUAAUGCUGUUGAGGCUGAAUGGAAGCAAGUCCCCGCAGCAAUGUUCCAACAUCUAGUGGAAAGCCUUCCCAGAAGAGUGGAGGCUGUUAUAGCAGCAAAGGGGGGACCAACUCCAUAUUAAUGCCCAUGAUUUUGGAAUGAGAUGUUCGACGAGCAGGUGUCCACAUACAUUUGGUCAUGUAGUCUAUAUUCCUCAAUGUUGAUGGAUGAGUCCUGGGUGGAUUCUCAAGACAGUCCUGCAGUAUUGAGUCUGCCGCCUCUGUCCAGCGCCUCACUAUUCUCUGUGUUGGUGGCUCCCUCUUGAGUUGCUGCUUGUAGUAGGAACAGAGAGACGUGAUCUGAUUGGCUGAAGUGGGGGCAGGGUAUGGCUUUGUACGCAUCAAGGAUAUUUGUGUAUACAUGGUCCAGCACGUUGUUUAAGCAUCCUGUUUUGGCUUUUACCUUCGUUGUUUUUAAUCUUUCCCCUUCCAUUGAUUCUCUCUCCGUCCUAUCAUUAUCUCACUGCACACCUUUCUCUCUUGUUUUGCUUGCAUUUUUGUUUCUCUGUGCUCCUUAUCUAUCACACUCUCUUCUUCCUCCUUUUGCCUCCUUUCCUUUCUGCACCCCAUUUUCUGUACUCUACAGUGAGGGAAAAAAGUAUUUGAUCCCCUGCUGAUUUUGUACAUUUGCCCACUGACAAAGAAAUUAUCAGUCUAUAAUUUUAAUGGUAGGUUUAUUUGAACAGUGAGAGACAGAAUAACAACAAGAAAAUCCAGAAAAACGCAUGUCAAAAAUGUUAUAAAUUGAUUUGCAUUUGAAUGAGGGAAAUAAGUAUUUGACCCCUCUGCAAAACAUGACUUAGUACUUGGUGGCAAAACCCUUGUUGGCAAUCACAGAGGUCAGACGUUUCUUGUAGUUGGCCACCAGGUUUGCACACAUCUCAGGAGGGAUUUUGUCCCACUCCUCUUUGCAGAUCUUCUCCAAGUCAUUAAGGUUUCGAGCCUGACGUUUGGCAACUCGAACCUUCAGCUCCCUCCACAGAUUUUCUAUGGGAUUAAGGUCUGGAGACCUUUAAUCCCAUAGAAACUGUGUUACCAAUUGUUUUCUUGGUGACUAUGGUCCCAGCUGCCUUGAGAUCAUUGACAAGAUCCUCCCGUGUAGUUCUGGGCUGAUUUCUCACCGUUCUCAUGAUCAUUGCAACUCCACGAGGUGAGAUCUUGCAUGGAGCCCCAGGCCGAGGAAGAUUGACAGUUAUUUUGUGUUUCUUCCAUUUGCGAAUAAUCGCACCAACUGUUGUCACCUUCUCACCAAGCUGCUUGGCGAUGGUCUUGUAGCCCAUUCCAGCCUUGUGUAGGUCUACAAUCUUGUCCCUGACAUCCUUGGAGAGCUCUUUGGUCUUGGCCAUGGUGGAGAGUUUAGAAUCUGAUUUAUUGAUUGCUUCUGUGGACAGGUGUCUUUUAUCCAGGUAACAAACUGAGAUUAGGAGCACUCUCUUUAAGAGUGUGCUCCUAAUCUCUGCUCGUUACCUGUAUAAAAGACACCUGGGAGCCAGAAAUGUUUCUGAUUGAGAGGGGGUCAAAUACUUAUUUCCCUCAUGCGUUUUUCUGGAUUUUGUUGUUGUUAUUCUGUCUCUCACUGUUCAAAUAAACCUACCAUUAAAAUUAUAGACUGAUCAUUUAUUUGUCAGUGGGCAAAUGUACAAAAUCAGCAGGGGAUCAAAUACUUUUUUCCCCUCACUGUAUGUACUGGUCUCUCUGUCUAACAUGAUGCCCUUUCGCUCCCUGUCUACAGGAGGACGUACGUUGGCAGCAUGCCCGGCCGCAUUAUCAAUGGGCUGAAGACUGUGGGAGUCAACAACCCUGUUUUCCUGCUGGACGAGGUGGACAAGCUAGGCAAGAGUCUGCAGGGAGACCCUGCCUCUGCCCUGCUGGAGGUGAGAAAUCUGGGACCACCAGACCAGGGGGCAGCCUAGUGGUCUCUCUGAUACAAACCAUAUGGAGUACAGGGGGGAAGAGGUAGGAAAGGAGAGAGGGAUUGAGCGAUACAGGGAGAUGGACAGAGACUCAUCCAGACAGGCAGGCAGAGAGUGAUAAGAUUCUACAUAGAUUAUAUAUAGAGGAGGAUGGAGUAAACAAAACUUAUCAAAAAGGUCUGCAUGUAAGAAGUCAACAUCUGUCUGAUCUUUAAAAAUACCCAGUAGUCCCCUGGAGGUAGGUCUGUGACCUGGGCUGGUUCACCUGGCCCUGCUCCACUUCCUGCUGGAGUUAUCAGCUCCUAUGGUGCAUGACUGUCCCACUUCACUUCCUGGAAACACAAUGGGAGAGGAGGGAUUAAGAAUCCCCAUUGCAGUGAUGGACAUAGAGACAAAUGAGCACUGUAGUGUCCACACUCACUCACUCACUCACUCACCACUGAAUGUAUGUGAGGAGUCUCAGACUCAAUUAGUGUGAUGGCCUGAAGACGUGAGUAGCUAUAUUUAGGUGAGCGGGAUACCUACCUAUCUACAGCAGUGUGAUUAGCCUUGCUGAUACCAGGAGAAGAGAAGAUUAAUCUCAGUGAGAAUGCAUUACAGCUAGCUCCGAUAACAGCCCCACUAGCCUCAAGCCCAAGCUUGACCCCCAAGUGGGAAUGGUGCGCACUACUCAGACAUGCCACACGCUGUCUCUCUCUGUUACACACACACACUUUCACACACUCGCACACUCCUAGUUUAAAAACCCUCUUGCGUGCUUCCACAUGCUCCCUCUGUAGGUCUGUUUGUUUGGUUUUGCUUUAAUCCUUUUAUCUAUUGGCGUGGUAAUGUAGUCCUGCUUUCUGGGAGCCAGUGUUUGCAGACCACAUCACAGCCAAACCAAAACUUCAGGCUCAGUCACAGAAUUACCCACCAGGUGCACUAUUCUGCUGCAUUCUACAUUCCACCUUCUUACUCUCACUCUCCCUCUCUCUCUUUUUCUUCCUCUCUCUCUCUCUCUCUCUCUCUCUCACUCACUCUCAAUUCAAUUUCAAUUUAAGGGCUUUAUUGGCAUGGGAAACGUAUGUUAACAUCGCCAAAGCAAGUGAAGUAGAUGGUAAUCAAAAGUGAAAGAAACAAUAAAUAUUAACAGUAAACGUUACACUCAGAAGUUCCAAAAUAAUAAAGACAUUUCAAAUGUCAUUAUGUAUAUAUACAGUGUUGUAACAAUGUACAAAUGGGAAAAUAAAUAAACAUAAAUAUGGGUUGUAUUUACAAUGGUGUUUGUUCUUCACUGGUUGCCCUUUUCUUGUGGCAACAGGUCACAAAUCUUGCAGCUGUGAUGGCACACUGUGGUUUUUCACCCAGUAGAUAAGGGAGUUUAUCAAAAUUGGGUUUGUUUUUGAAUUCUUUAUGGAUCGCUGUAAUCUGAGGGAAAUAUGUGUCUCUAAUAUGGUCAUACAUUUGGCAGGAGGUUAGGAAGUGCAGCUCAGUUUCUACCUCAUUUUGUGGGCAGUGUGCACAUAGCCUGUCUUCUCUUGAGAGCCAGGUCUGCCAACGGCGGCCUUUCUCAAUAGCAAGGCUAUGCUCACUGAGUCUGUACAUAGUCAAAGCUUUCCUUAAGUUUGGGUCAGUCACAGUGGUCAGGUAUUCUGCCACUGUGUACUCUCUGUUUAGGGCCAAAUAGCAUUAUAGUUUGCGCUGUUUUUUUGUUUGUUCUUUCCGAUGUGUCAAGUAAUUCUCUUUUUGUUUUCUCAUGAUUUGGUUGGGUCUACUUCUGUUGUUGUUGUCCUGGGGCUCUGUGGGGUGUGUUUGUGAACAGAGCCCCAGGACCAGCUUACUUAGGGGGGACUCUUCUCCAAGUUAAUCUCUCUGUAGGUGAUGGCUUUGUUAUGGAAGGUUUGGGAAUCGCUUCCUUUUAAGUGGUUAUAGAAUUUAACAGCUCUUUUCUGGAUUUUGAUAAUUAGCGGGUAUCGGCCUAAUUCUGCUCUGCAUGCAUUAUUUGGUGUUUUUCGUUGUACACUGAGGAUAUUUUUGCAGAAUUCUGCAUGCAGAGUCUCAAUUUGGUGUUUGUCCCAUUUUGUGAAUUAUUGGUUUGUGAGCGGACCCCAGACCUCACAACCAUAAAGGGCAAUGGGUUCUAUAACUGAUUCAAGUAUUUUUAGCCAGAUCCUAAUUGGUAUGUCGAAUUCUAUGAUCCUUUUGAUGGCAUAGAAGGCCCUUCUUGCCUUGUCUCUCAGAUCGUUCACAGCUUUGUGGAAGUUACCUGUGGCGCUGAUGUUUAGGCUGAGGUAUGUAUAGUUUUUUGUGUGCUCUAUGGCAACGGUGUCUAGAUGGAAUUUGUAUUUGUGGUCCUGGGAACUGGACCUUUUUUGGAACAUCAUUAUUUUUGUCUUACUGAGAUUUACUGUCAGGGCCCAGGUCUGACAGGAUCUGUGCAGAAGAUUUAGGCGCUGCUGUAGCCCCUCAUUGGUUGGUGACAGAAGCACCAGAUCAUCAGCAAACAGUAGACAUUUGACUUCAGAUUCUAGUAGGGUGAGGCCGGGUGCUGCAGACUGUUCUAGUGCCCUCGCCAAUUCGUUGAUAUAUAUGUUGAAGAGGGUGGGGCUUAAACUGCAUCCCUGUCUCACCCCACGGCCCUGUGGAAAGAAAUGUGUGUGUUUUUUGCCAAUUUUAACCGCACUUGUUGUUUGUGUACAUGGAUUUUAUAAUGUCGUAUAUUUUUCCCCCAACCCCACUUUCCAUCAAUUUGUAUAGCAGACCCUCAUGCCAAAUUGAGUCAAAAGCUUUUUUGAAAUCAACAAAGCAUGAGAAGACUUUGCCUUUGUUUUGUUUGUUUGUCAAUUAGGGUGUGCAGGGUGAAUACGUGGUCUGUCGUACGGUAAUUUGGUAAAAAGCCAAUUUGACAUUUGCUCAGUACAUUGUUUUCACUGAGGAAAUGAACUAGUCUGCUGUUAAUGAUAAUGCAGAGGAUUUUCCCAAGGUUGCUGUUGACGCAUAUCCCACGGUAGUUAUUGGGGUCAAAUUUGUCUCCACUUUUGUGGAUUGGGGUGAUCAGUCCUUGGUUCCAAAUAUUGGGGAAGAUGCCAGAGCUAAGGAUGAUGUUAAAGAGUUUAAGUAUAGCUAAUUGGAAUUUGUGGUCUGUAUAUUUUAUCAUUUCAUUGAGGAUACCAUCAACACCACAGGCCUUUUUGGGUUGGAGGGUUUGUAUUUUGUCCUGUAGUUCAUUCAAUGUAAUUGGAGAAUCCAGUGGGUUCUGGUAGUCUUUAAUAGUUGAUUCUAAGAUUUGCAUUUGAUCGUGUAUAUUUUUUUGCUGUUUGUUCUCUGUUAUAGGGCCAAAAAGAUUGGAGAAGUGGUUUACCCAUACAUCUCCGUUUUGGAUAGAUAGCUCUUCGUGUUGUUGUUUGUUUAGUGUUUUUCAAUUUUCCCAGAAGUGGUUAGUCUAUGGAUUCUUCAAUUACAUUGAGCUGAUUUCUGACAUGCUGUUCCUUCUUUUUCCGUAGUGUAUUUCUGUAUUGUUUUAGUGAUUCACCAUAGUGAAGGCGUAGGCUCAGGUUUUCUGGGUCUAUGUUUUUGGUUGGAUAGGUUUCUCCAUUUCUUUCUUAGAUUUUUGCAUUCUUCAUCAAACCAUUUAUCACUGUUGUUACUUUUCUUCGGUUUUCUGUUAGAGAUUUUUAGAUUUGAUAGGGAAGAUGAGAGGUCAAAUAUACUCUUUAUGUUUUCUACUGCCAAGUUUACACCUUCACUAUUACAGUGGAACGUUUUGUCCAGGAAGUUGUCUAGAAUGGAUUGAAUUUGUUGUUGCCUAAUUGUUUUUUGGUAGGUUUCGACACUACUUUCCUUCCAUCUAUAGCAUUUCUUAAUAUUAUUCAGUUCCUUUGGCUUUGAUGCCUCAUGAUUGAGUAUUGCUCUGUUCAAGUAGACUGUGAUUUUGCUGUGGUCUGAUAGGGGUGUCAGUGGGCUGACUGUGAACGCUCUGAGAGACUCUGGGUUGAGGUCAGUGAUAAAGUAGUCUACAGUACUACUGCCAAGAGAUGAGCUAUAGGUGUAUCUACCAUAGGAGUCCCCUCAAAGCCUACCAUUGACUAUGUACAUACCCAGUGUGCGAAAGAGCUGCAGGAGUCGUGACCCGUUUUUGUUGGUUAUGUUGUCUUGGUUGUGCCUAGGGGGGCAUAUGGGGGAGGGAAUGCUGUCACCUCUAGGUAGGUGUUUAUCCCCCUGUGUGCUGAGGGAGUCAGGUUCUGAUCAGGCAUAGGUCUGAUCUGAGGGGGCCUAAAUGGGGUGUGGGCAUGGUUGACUUGGGGGGGUGGGGGGGGGGGGGGGGGGGGGGGGUGGGGUCCCGCAGGUCUGGGAGAGUGUCUCGCUGGUCUGGGCGGGGUGUCUGUUGAUCUGUUGCUCCUGUGUGAGGUGUUGGGUCUGCGGUUGUGGGUAAUAUCAUUUAGGGUCCGGGCGAAGGUGGGCACUGCUGCCUUGUAUUUGUGGACCUGGUCAUAAAGACUGGGAAAAGUUUAUUUUCUUGUAUGUAUUUCCCGUUUGAGUCCAUAAGGAGUACAAUCUGUGGCUUGUGUAUGUCCUCUGUGGGUGUGGGGGGGUCAUCAUGAGGGCUAUCAGGGUGUCUGACUGGGGGGUUGCUCAGAGGGGUUGGGGUCCCCAGGGCUUGGGGUUGUUCAUUUGUUUGUCUGGCUGUAAUGUCGAGGCUAUGGUCAGGGUCUAGGGUGUACUGUUCUGCUGCGGUGUCGAGACUUUGGCCAGGAUCUGAGGUGGGCUGUUCUGCUGGCUUCUCUGCGGGGGUGGCCAGCUCUCUAAUGGGUUGUUCUAUGUCACCCGUCAUCGUUCUCACCUUCUCCUCCAGCACUCUGAUCCUCUCCUCUAGUGCUCUGUUCUUCUCCUGCUCUUGCUCUUUCUCCUGUUGAUGUUGUCUCACCACAGUCCAGAGUGCAGAUAUGUCUCUCUCUACCUCCAGCUCUCCAGGUCUAGUUAAGGGGGUAUUGUUGUGCUGGACUGUUGUCUGGGUCUGUGCUGACUGGAGUGUGUUCACCUGCUGUUCCAGCUCCACCUGCCUUACCUCCAGCUGGGUGAAUGUAUCCUUCAUUUCAAUGAGGGAGUAGUACUCUGUGCUGGGAAGUUGACUUUCCGCUUGGGGUUGCUCUGUGGGGUUAUUUAAUGAAGAGGUCUGGUCUGUCCCGCUCGGGGUGGGGGUAUGUUUCUCAAGGGAGAGCUUCUCCUGCUGAGCUAUUUCUUUGAUUAGGUGAAAGUCCAGCUGGAACUGUUUGGUGUUGCCUUGAACCAAAACUGUUCCAGAUUUAUAUUAGACGACUCAGAGUCCUCGUUGUCCAGGAUCCUGAGUUUCCACCCAUCGCUAACACCCCCCCCAACAAAAAGUGUCUCCUGAUUCCUCAUAAGGAGUUUCAUUUUGUACUCUUUUCGUGUCUUAUCGUUCUUUACAUUCAGAGGGUACUGUAUUUUAAUGACCUCUGAACAGCGGGGGGGGGGGGGUGCUUCUAAGGCCUCUCCAUUUGGUUGGGGUAGACUGUGCGACUCUCCUGCCAUUGUUGGGCUCAAGGGCUUUGACACCUCUCACUUCACACGUCAGUGCUAAUUGAAAUUGUAUCUCUUUGUACUAGCAAGCUUGGUAGCCUUAGCAUUCAGUCCUUAUAAAGUAAAAUAUAUCAUUGUAAUGUAUUUUUCUUCUUGGUUUUUUUAAGUAAAAAAUAGCUUCAUACUAAACAUUACUCACUCAGUUCCAGGUUGGAUGGUGUUUUCAGGUUUCUGUUUGUUUGACAGAGCAUUUGCUGUAUAGUUUGGGAAUAGUAAUCCUUGGUAGUAGAAAGCCUUCCAGGUAAUUCCGUCCAAAAUCAGGUUGUAGGUUUGGAGUUUUGGUUUGGAAUGAAGGUUAUGUUGUGGAGGGUAGCAUCCUGUAUAUGUCCCUGCCAAAAAAUCCUACUUUAUCUAACUCUAAAUCAAUAUUUUUUGUUAAAAAUGCAGGAGCAUUUCCUCUGCCUCUCCCUAUCUUCUUGGGUGCUCAGAGGGAUAGAGAGAGGCAGAGCAGGGAAGAGGAGAAGGGAGGUGGGGGAGGAAGCAAAGCAGAAUUAUUUGUAUAUUGCCUCUGGCAGUGUGAAGUCUGACUCAACAACACACAUAUACACAGACACACAGUGUCAAUGUUUCUACAACUGCAGCUGGUAGACAUGCAGGUCAUUAGUAAUGGUUGCUAACCAGUUGACUGACUCCCACAAGGUCCUCGACCCAGAGCAGAACCACAGCUUCACAGACCACUACCUCAACGUGGCCUUCGACCUUUCCCAGGUCCUGUUCAUCGCUACUGCCAACACCACGGCCACCAUCCCUCCGGCCCUGCUGGACAGGAUGGAGGUCCUCCAGGUGCAAGGUCAGAGGCCAGGGGUCAAGGGUCAUCUUGUUGGGCAGAGGGGUCAGCUGAAGGGGCAUUGAGUACCUGUCUUGGCCAUUGAUUUAUGUAGAAUCAAUGUAACUUGUUAUUAACAUAUUAAUAGCACACGUCAUGGUGUAGCCCCAAGACACAGUAGGUAGUUCCCCUCUGAGAUUGAUGUGGUGUUAGCCUGGAUAAAUAUGGUAAUGAACUGUCAGGAAGAGGUGUGUAUUACAUUAUUCUAUGGAUGUGUGUAUAAUGUCCUCUCAGGGUACACUCAGGAGGAGAAGGUGGAGAUAGCUCAUCGUCACCUGAUUUCCCAUCAGCUAGAACAGCAUGGACUCACCCCCCAACAGCUCCAGAUACCUCAGGACACCACACAGGACAUCAUUAGCAAGUACGAACACACACACUCACACAUACACCGCGGCUGCUUUACACGCCCUAGGGGAGCGGUAGGUCAGAGAGAGGAGGAGGGAAGUGAUUAUCUUUCUAGCAGGACAGAAGGGGGAGAUUACCAGAGCCAGACAGGUUAAGACCGGUCACAGAGGGCACCCACUGGUACAUACUGACAGACAGACAUACAGACACACACACACAGACAGAUAGAUAAUUAGACCAAAAAUAUAAUCAAAUCAAAUGUUAAUUGUCACAUGCUUCGUAAACAACAGGUGUAGACUAUCAGUGAAAUGCUUACUUACGGGCCCUUCCCAACAAUGCAAUAUACAGUCGUGGUCAAAAGUUUUGAGAAUGACACAAAUACACAUUUUCACAAAGUCUGCUGCCUCAGUUUUGAUGAUGGCAAUUUCCAUAUACUCCAGAAUGUCAUCAAGAGUGAUCAGAUGAAUUGCAAAGAAUUGCAAAGUCCCUCUUUGCCAUGAAAAUGAACUUAAUCCCCAAAAAACAUUUCCACUGCAUUUCAGCCCUGCCACAAAAGGACCAGCUGACAUCAUGUCAGUGAUUCUCUUGUUAACACAGGUGAGAGUGUUGACGAGGACAAGGCUGGAGAUCACUCUGUCAUGCUGAUUGAGUUAGAAUAACAGACUGGAAGCUUUAAAAGGAGGAUGGUGCUUGAAAUCAUUGUUCUUCCUCUGUUAACCAUGGUUACCUGCAAGGAAACACGUGCCGUCAUCAUUGCUUUGCACAAAAAGGGCUUCACAGGCAAGGAUAUUGCUGCUAGUAAGAUUGCACCUAAAUCAACCAUUUAUCGGAUCAUCAACAACUUCAAGGAGAGAGGUUCAAUUGUUGUGAAGAAGGCGUCAGGGUGCCCAAGAAAGUCCAGCAAGCGCCAGGACUGUCUCCUAAAGUUGAUUCAGCUGCGGGAUCGGGGCACCACCAGUGCAGAGCUUGCUCAGGAAUGGUAGCAGGCAGGUGUGAGUUCAUCUGCACGCACAGUGAGGCGAAGACUUUUGGAGGAUGGCCUGGUGUCAAGAAGGGCAGCAAAGAAGCCACUUCUCUCCAGUAAAAACAUCAGGGACAGACUGAUAUUCUGCAAAAGGUACAGGGAUUGGACUGCUGAGGACUGGGGUAAAGUCAUUUUCUCUGAUGAAUCCCCUUUCUGAUUGUUUGGGGCAUCCGGAAAACACCUUGUCCGGAGAAGUCAAGGUGAGCGCUACCAUCAGUCCUGUGUCAUGCCAACAGUAAAGCAUCCUGAGACCAUUCAUGUGUGGGGUUGCUUCUCAGCCAAGGGAGUGGGCUCACUCACAAUUUUGCCUAAGAACACAGCCAUGAAUAAAGAAUGGUACCAACACAUCCUCCGAGAGCAACUUCUCCCAACCAUCCAAGAACAGUUUGGUGACGACCAAUGCCUUUUCCAGCAUGAUGGAGCACCUUGCCAUAAGGCAAAAGUGAUAACUAAGUGGCUCGGGGAACAAAACAUCGACAUUUUGGGUCCAUGGCCAGGGAACUCCCCAGACCUUAAUCCCAUUGAGAACUUGUGGUCGAUCCUCAAGAGGCGGGUGGACAAACAAAAACCCACAAAUUCUGACAAACUCCAAGCAUUGAUUAUGCAAGAAGGGGCUGCCAUCAGUCAGGAUGUGGCCCAGAAGUUAAUUGACAGCAUGCCAGGGUGGAUUGCAGAGGUCUUGAAAAAGAAGGGUCAACACUGCAAAUACUGACUCUUUGCAUAAACUUAAUGUAAUUGUCAAUAAAAGCCUUUGACACUUAUGGAAUGCUUGUAAUUAUACUUCAGUAUACAGUGAGGGGGAAAAAGUAUUUGAUCCCCUGCUGAUUUUGUACGUUUGCCCACUGACAAAGACAUGAUCAGUCUAUAAUUUUAAUGGUAGGUUUAUUUGUAGUAACAUCUGACAAAAAUAUCUCAUAACACUGAAGCAGCAAACUUUGUGAAGACCAAUACUUGUCAUUCUCAAAACUUUUGACCACGAUUGUAUUAUAUUAUAUUCUUCAAAUAGCCACCCUUUGUCUUGAUGACAGCUUUGCACACUCUUGGCAUUCUCUCAGCUAUUUGGUUAACUACACUGAACACAAAUAUAAGCGCAACAUGCACUAAUUUCAACAGUUUUACUGAGUUACAGUUCAAAUAAGGAAAUCGGUCAAUGGAAAUAAAUGUAUUAGGCUCUAAUCUAUGGAUUUCACAUGACUGGGAAUACAGAUAUGCAUCUGUUGAUCACAGAUACCUUUAAAAAAAGGUAGGGGCGUGGAUCAGAAAACCAGUCAGUAUCUGGUGUGACCACCAUUUGCCUCAUGCAGCGCGACACAUCUCCUUCGCAUAGAGUUGAUCAGGCUGUUGAUUGUGGAAUGUUGUUCCACUCCUCUUCAAUGGCUGUGUGAAGUUGUUGGAUAUUGGCGUGAACUGAAACACGGUGUCGUACACGUCGAUCCAGAGCAUCCCAAACAUGCUCAAUGGGUGACAUGCAGGCCAUGGAAGAACUGGGACCUUUUCAGCUUCCAGGAAUUGUGUACAGAUCCUUGUGAUAUGGGGCCGUGCAUUAUCAUGCUGAAACAUGAGGUGGUGGCGGAUGAAUGGCACGACAAUGGGCCUGAGGAUCUCGUCACGGUAUCUCUGUGCAUUCAAAUAGCCAUUGAUAAAAUGCAAUUGUGUUCAUUGUUCGUAGCUUAUGCCUGCCCAUACAUAUAACGGCACCGCCACCAUUGGGCACUCUGUUCACAACGUUGAUAUCAGAAAACCGCUCGCCCACACGACGCCAUACACGCUGUCUGCCUUCUGCCCGGUACAGUUGAAACCGGGAUUCAUCCGGGAAGAGCACACUUCUCCAGUGUGCCAGUGGCCAUCAAAGGUGAGCAUUUGCCCACAGAAGUCUCCUAACUGCAGUCAGGUCAAGACCCUGGUGAGGACGACGAGCAAGCAGAUGAGCUUCCCUGAGACUGUUUCUGACAGUUUGUGCAGAAAUUCUUUGGUUUCCUCAGCUGCCCGGGUGGCUGGUCUCAGACGAUCCCGCAGGUGAAGAAGCCAGGUGUGGAGGUCCUGGGUUGGCGUGGUUACAUGUGGUCUGCGGUUGUGAGGCCGGUUGGACAUAAUACCAAAUUCUCUAAAACAACAUUGAAGGUGGCUUGUGGUAGAGAAAUGAACAUUCAAUUCUCUGGCAACAGCUCUGGUGGACAUUCCUGCAGUCAGCAUGUCAAUUGCAUGCUCCCUCAAAACCUGAGACAUCUGUGGCAUUGUGUUGUGUGACAAAACUGCACAUUUUAGAGGGGCCUUUUAUUGUCCCCAGCACAAGGUGCACCUGUGUAAUGAUCAUGCUGUUUAAUCCGCUUCUUGAUAUGCCACAUCUGUCAGGUGGAUGGAUUAUCUUGGCAAAGGAGAAAUUCUCACUAACAGGGAUGUAAACAAAUUUGUGCACAACAUUUGAGAGAAAUAAGCUUUUUGUGCGUAUGGAUAAUUUCUGGGAUCUUUUAUUUCAGCUCAUGAAACAUGGGACCAACACUUUACAUGUUGCGUUUCUAUUCUUGUUCGGUGUAUUUAGCAGUCUCAUGGUUUGCGGCUAGAAGCUGUUCAUGAGCCUUUUGGUCCUAGACUUAGCGCUCUGGUACCGUUUGUCGUGCGGUAGCGGAGAGAACAGUCUAUUACUUGGGUGGCUGGAGUCUUUGACAAUUUUUAGGGCCUUCCUCUGACACCGCCUGGUGUAGAGGUCCUGGAUGGCAGGGAGUUCGACCCCAGUGAUGUACUGGGCCUCACGCACUACCCUGUGUAGCGCCUUGGGGUCGGAUGCCGAGCAGUUGCCAUACCAAGCGGUGAUGCAGCCACUCAAGAUGCUCUCAAUGGUGCAGCUGUAGAACCUUUUGAGGAUCUGAGGGCCCAUGCCAAAUCUUUUCUGCCUCCUGAGGGGGAAGAGGCGUUGUCAUGCCCUCUUCAUGACUGUGUUGGUGUGUUUGGACCAUGAUAGAUCCUUAGUGUUGUGGACACCGAGGAACUUGAAGCUCUCAACCAGCUCCACUACAGCCCGGUCGAUGUGAAUGGGGGCGUGUUCGGCCCUCCUUUUCCUGUAGUCCACAAUAAGCUCCUUUGUCUUGCCCACGUUGAGGGAGAGGUUGUGGAUCGGUAGUACAGUAAUAAACCUACUACUUCUCCAGACACACCAUUAGACCCAGAUGGAUUUGAGGCAUACAGUUCACUUAAACAACAGAGGCUGUCAGUAUAGAGUCAUACAUUCCCAGUUCAGUCCAGGCAUCUUUACUGAGCCAUGGGCACCUCCACCAUAACUUCACUAAGGGUAGUCAGACAUAGAAGACGACCAAAGGCCACUGGGGCUGGCUGGCUAAAGAACAAAGAGAAAGGAGAGAGGUGGUCAUGCUGCAGAUGGGGCCAGUGCCUAUCAGACAUGGCCAGGGGGGAGAUUGUGAUGUUCCACCAUUAACUACUGUUGUCUCAAACAGUCACUCAUGUCACACUCAGUCAUUUUAACCAUCAUGGUUGAUGAUAGCGGAACUCUGUGUGUGUGUGUGUGUGUGUGUGUGUGUGUGCAGGUACACUCGUGAGGCCGGUGUCCGCUCCCUGGAGAGGAAGAUCGGUGCGAUCUGUCGAGCAGUGGCAGUGAAGGUCGCAGAGGGUCACAAGGUCACCAAAUCAGAGGCCGCGCCCGCUGAGAGCGCCCCCCAGGGAGCUGAGCACGGAGGUAGAAAAACCAACAGGGGAACACUCUCUGUGGGGCAGGAGGGGGGACUGACUGACUGACACACAGCUACAGUAUCAGGCCCUGCCCUCAAACACACUGCAGUGGUGAGCUGGACUCAGCAGUGCCUCAGAGUGGGCUGCUGUAUUCUGCAUAAAGACAGACUAGAACUCCCCACAUACAAGCUGUGAAAUCACAAUAUCUGCUCCUGGAUGUAUUUGAGCCCCUGGAGGCUGGAGCUAAUUGAGUUGUUAGGAACAGACAUGGCUAUAUCAUACUAUGUACACUACCAGGUGCUCCCCCCCUCCCUCCAGUGAGCACCGUCACCUUACACACUUUCACACUGCUGGUUGGUUGUGCAGUCCCUGGCCUAAAGUCUGCUGACCAAUGCACAAUGCCCUCUCAAACAUACAGGCACGCAUGCUCACACAGAGUCACACAUACACACAGUACACAGACACACCAUCCGCCUUCUGAGGGGUAUGGGUGGGGUUAAGAGGAGAUGAGGGGGAGGGGGGGUUAAGCCUGCUAACAGACGGCCUCACGACCACAUGCCCCCUGUCUCCCCUGUGCAGCAGCUCUUGUGUAAAAGGAAAAAUCACACUGCCAGUUAACACGGCCAGAGCCGAGAGGGGGUGAAGAACAGAGGGGUUUUAUGGCUCUGUUGCCCCAUUGAAAUGGAAUUGGCCCCCCCAGCCCCCUCCCCUCUGUGUAACCACUCCCACUGCACGAUGAAAAACACCAGCAGAUAAAAAGAGAGAGGGAGAGAAUGGGACUCUUCCUCUGCUCUUUGUGCAAAUGGCUGUCUGUUGCCAGGUAACAGUGACAUUAUUGGCAGACCGAACAAAGAGUUGUGAGGAGGAGAGCGCGCGCUCUGGGGGGGUCUGUGUCUGUCUUUUCUCUACCAGCUGCUCCACGACUGGCGGCUCAUGACAGCUGUCACAUGACCAGUUAGGAGCACAGCUGUUGUUCCUUUGCCCACCUCUCUCCCCUGGUUGUAUCCUCCGUUUCAUCCCUCGCUCUGUUUUAUCUUUCAUGGCACUAGACAGCUCAAAGAGGGACUGAACUGUCAGAGCUGAUUUCUGUUAUAUUACACAUUCACUCACUACACAGUUAUGUCAGUCCAUAAAGACUGUGUCCUCAGUUAUCCCCUCUUCAACUCUUCAUUAAGUGUUUGUAAAAUAGUGCUGUGCUGCAGUGUAGUGUUGUCACUGAAUGGACUAGCUAUGUUGAGGGGAACACCAUGCUCCUUAUCCACAUGGCAUUGGUAGUCAGGUCACAUGAUAAGUGGGCAGUGAUCAGCAUGUGCAUAAUAAGAGGUUUGGAGAGGCUGGCUCGUGACCGCACUGUGUUGUGUACCGUACACAACAACAAACACUCAGACAUGCAGUAUGUGUACAAACACACACCUUGUUGUUUUAAAUCCUCCUCCAACCUUUCGAAUGAACUUUUGAAGUGGUGUUGCUAAUAUUUAUGUUAAUCUCUCUAAUUAGCUCUCCUGCUUUCUAUGUUCUCAUUCUCUCUCACCUCAAUUGUGUGUGUCUGUGUGUGUGUGUCUGUGUGUGUGUGUCUCAGAGGAGAAGCAAGGGAGGAGGGGAGAGGAGCCUGACGGGGGGUCUACAGACAUGGCAGCGCCCCCAGAGAUGCCCAUCGUCAUCGACCACAUCGCCCUGAAGGACAUACUGGGGCCGCACAUCUUUGAGAUGGAGGUGAGAGAGGGUAGGGGUUGGCACUGUCUGGCCCAACACACACCACUGUACUGGAGAGAGAAACAUUUAUUAUGCUGAUGACAUUGCAGAGUGCAGCAAAUACAGCAGGAUGUAUAGAAAAGCCUCGUCAUGCAGAAUUAAAGCCAAAGUGUUUUCAUGUACCCAUAACAUGGGUCCUCUUGAGAGAGUGAAAGCCAACUAUAAACAUGCACUUAUAACACUACUAGUUUGCAGACUUGAAGGGUGCAACUUUAAAACAGUACUCUAGUGUACUAUAGAUUCACCUAAAUGUGCCAACUUCUGAUUGUUGUGCUCAGGUUGUUGCUGCAGGCUUAAAGCAGUGUAGUUGUGCUGGAGAAAGUACACACUUAUGUUAGUAAUGUAGCUUAGCAUUCCAUUCAUACCCAUGGGAUUUGGGGGUCGGGGUGAGGGGCUCUUGAGCUCUCACAGGGGGACUGGAAUGUGUCUUAUGUGUACAGCAGGGAGAGGAGAAGGAGGGUUAUUUGGAGGGGAGGCAAACCACAGCAUUCUUCUAGUUCUCACUGAGCAUAGGAUACUGAGGACUACAACUAGUUUUAAAACAUAGUAAACCCCAUACUCUUACUCAGACCUCAGUAUUAUUUUCUAAUCCAGUGUUUAGAUGACAAAAAAUAUAGUAGUUAUGUGUAGAUGACUAUAGAUCCAGUAUCUAGGUGUGUGUAUACACUGAGUGUACAAAACAUUAGGGACACCUUCCUAAUAUUGAGUUGCAUCCCCUUUUGCCCGUUUUUGUAUUAACUUUAAUAUUUGUAGCUACUUUUUAAGUAAAUACUUGCAGUCAACUUGUGCAAUACGUUAGGAGAUAAAGAACAUUGCGUUCUUAAUUUUCCUGUCACAUUAUUAUGAAGUUUAUGGUAGUCCCCAGUCACAUGUCACAUGGACUCUACAAGGUGUCGAAAGCAUUCCACAGGGAUGCUGGCCCAUGUUGACUCCAAUGCUUCCCACAGUUGUGUCAAGUUGGGUGGUGGACCAUUCUUGAUACACAUGGGAAACUGUUGAGCGUGAAAAAUCCAGCAGCAGUGCAGUUCUUGACACUCAAACCGGUGCGCCUGGUAUACUCCGUUCAAAGGCACUUAAAUAUUUUGUUUUGCCCAUUCACCCUCUGGAUGGCACAUACACAAUCCGUCUCAAUUGUCUCGAGGCUUAAAAAUCCUUCUUUAACCUGUCUCCUCUCCUUCAUCUACACUGAUUGAGGUGACAUCAAUUAGGGAUCAUAGUUUUUACCUGGAUUCACCUGGUUAGUCUAGGUCAUGGAAAGAGCAGGUGUUCAUGUUUUGCACACUUAGUGUAGAUGACUGUGUGUUCCUCUCCCUGGUCGUGUCCAGGUGUCGGAGCGACUGACCCUGCCGGGCGUGGCCGUCGGCCUGGCCUGGACCCCCCUGGGAGGGGAGAUCAUGUUUGUGGAGGCCAGCCGCAUGGAGGGUGAGGGCCAGCUGACCCUGACUGGACAACUGGGUGACGUUAUGAAGGAGUCUGCCCACCUGGCCAUGAGCUGGCUGCGCAGCAAUGCCAAGACCUACCAGCUGACCAACAGUGAGAGAAGACACACAACAAAAUGCAUUUUGUCUUAGCUUUGCUACUCAUUUACGUCCAUAUCAAGGCAAUACACAAUGACGGCUGAAGGACUGUGUGUCUGUCUGUCUGAUGUAGUGGUCGGUGGUUCAGAUCCUCUGGAGGGGACAGACAUCCAUCUGCACUUCCCAGCGGGAGCAGUCACAAAGGACGGCCCAUCGGCUGGCGUCACCAUGGUAACGGUCCUGGCCUCGCUGUUCAGUGGGCGCCUGGUACGGUCCGAUGUGGCCAUGACUGGAGAGAUCACUCUGAGAGGCCUGGUGCUGCCGGUGAGACACAACUACACUUCUACAUAGUGCUGUGAUGGUCAUGGAAUUGUGGAUGACUGUAAUUGGCCAGCCAAAUUACCGCGGUCUCCGUAAUAACCUUGCGAAUAGGAACAAAAAAAUACACAAAUCUAAACGCAAAAUGUCUCCUUUCCUCUGCUCCUGACUGCAUGUGCUGCAGUAGAAAUAGAAUGAAAAGAAUGGGCGUCCCCAUUCAAGUCAAUGAUGGCAUAAUGGGUGGACUGGCGGCCAUUGUGAGUGUACCCAUAUGAACAGGAAGUAAAAUCAGGAAGUGUACCCAUCAAUAUGUGCUGUGAUUUGUUGAUUCAACUCAACUGACAUUACAAAAUACCUUCCAUUGCAUGAGCAGUUAACUAGUGGUGGGGAGUCAACUUCAAAAUAAUCGAUUCCUUGCCCGUCGACUCCCAUUUCUGGGUGUCAUGCAUCAAUUCCGCUAGGAAUCGACCCCUAAGAUUCAGUAUUUUUGCAACGGAGGAGACUGACUAGGCUAGUUGCCGUAGGCUACUUCCGAGAACACAAACUCUUGCAUCUUUCACAGCAAAGAAAGAGCGAGCUAGCGAAGGAGAGAGAGAGGGGAAGGGCAUAGGUAGGCAUGUCGGUCACCAGGCAGACAGUCAGAGCCAUGCAUCGGAAAUCAAAAGCUGUAUCUCGCAAUACUGUUUAGGUUGAUCUCGCAAUUUCUUGCAUAUUCACUAAAGGAGGGGCUAUCAAUGAGUAGGCUAAGCUACAAACACGCAACAGACCAAAGACCUGAACACACACUGGCAUCUUUCAUAGUGAAGAGAAAGAGCAGGCGAGUCAGCGAGAGAAGGGGCAGGCAGACAGACAGUCGGAACCGUGCGCAUAGGCUUUCUUGAUAAUCUGUAUCUCGCAAUGUCUUGUUUUGCAAUGCCUCGUAAAUUCAAUGAGUAGGCCUAGGGUUAAGCUAUUCUACAUUGUGCCAGUGAAUUGAAGUUGAACAUGCGUCAGUUUAAUUAGACCUAAAUGUGCUAUUAAAAAGUAUUGUGCCUAUAGCUUAUUUAAUGAAACACUGGCUGUUGAUGUCCUAGUUAGUCAAUAGAUCGCAAAGCAGGGCAUCCCCGAUUCCCCACUGAGCUAAACUUUUUGGAAAUGGCAAGUUCACUUUCUCAUGCAUAAACGCAUCUCAAGUGCAAAUACUGUCCAGCAGCUCAAAUCAGCAGAAUGGGGUGCAUUUUUAUUAGGAGGGAAGUCUACCAUGGAUCGCUAAAAUAAUGAUUAUGAUCACACUUGAAUGUAAAUAUUAUGGGUAGAACUAUACAUUUGGCAGCCAAGCACGAGUUAUCAGUGUAGCCUAUUAUCGUCUAGACAUGACGUUGAAAUUUCUUCACUGCUAGAAUAAAAACCUCCACUCCAGGCUUCAGUCAUGAGUCAAUUGAAUACCAGGUAGACAUUGCGAGUGUACCAAUGAGUUUACCAGUCAGUUUGCCAGGGUUAGAGGUUCCAAGCCCAUUCUAUUAAUUGUUUGCUACAACACCUUACUUGUUUCACCAAUGGGCAACAAAGUUUCAUCACGUUAAGAGUCCAUGUUAUCGCAGAAACUGACUCAACCGCACGAAUGCCCGGCCGUCCUGUCUUCAGUCAGCAGUUCAUUCCCAAAACCCUUGUGGUUAUUUUAUUUUCAUGACUGUCUUCAUCCAUAACCGCCAGUUAUAUGGUAAUUGUGCCAGCCCUAAUUCUGUCUGCAGGUGGGAGGGAUCAAGGACAAGGUCCUGGCAGCUCACAGGGCCGGGGUGAAGCGUGUCAUCAUCCCAAAGCGCAAUGAGAAGGACCUGGAGGAGAUCCCUGCUAACGUCCGGGUGGAGCUGGACUUCGUAACAGCCAGAAACCUGGACGAGGUCCUGAACGCAGCCUUCGAUGGGGGGUUCCCCGGAAUCUCCAACCCUCUCACUCUACCACACAUCGCCAGCAAACUGUGA